AUGAAGCUUGAGAUUCUCGAUGCUUUCGGAACGUUGCCAGAAUACCUCAAGGAAGAAUUCGAUAUUAUUCAUAUUAGGGCUUUUACAAUUGUUAUGAAAGGGGGGCAUCCUGGAGUGUUGCUAGACAAUCUCAUUGCUAUGCUGAGUAAUUACAUCACGUUAUACUUCGACAAGGAGUGUGAGAAGAUCAGAAGCUAA